UCUCCUCUCUCUCGGUUUCUCUCUCUCCUCCCUCUCGCUUCCGACUUCUGCAAGACUUCUUUUCUUUUCCAGAUCAGGAAAACCCCUCGCCGCCCGUCGAUUAGGUUUUUUUUUAUUUUAGAGGAGAGGUAGGGCUUUUCUUGCCCCGGAAUCCGGUGAGAGUUUCUUUGAACAUCUUCGCCGCGCGAUGUACGGGGGCGAGGACCCGUUCUUGCAGCCGCCGCACCUCCCCAGCGAGAUCGACGGCGGAGGCGCCGUCAGGAUGGGCGGCGCUGACGAGGUCCCGCCGGACGCUGGGAGCAUGCCGGAGGCCUUGCAGUCGCAGGCGCUGGCGCCGGCGACGUCGAAUCAGCUCACUCUUUCUUUCCAGGGUGAUGUUUACGUCUUCGACUCCGUCCAGCCGGAGAAGGUUAGAGCAGUCCUAUUAUUGUUGGGUGGACAAGAGGAAUUACCUUCUGAUGUCACUGGCAUGACAGGUCCCUUUCAUCCUGAUCAGAGGGAUCUAAAUAAUGCUUCACGAUCUGCAAAUAAUCCUCAUAGACUUGCUUCUCUUAUGCGUUACCGUGAGAAGAGAAAAAGCCUAUGUUUCAACAAGAAAAUUCUCUAUACUGUCCGAAAGGAGGUUGCUUCCAGGAUGAAACGCCACAAAGGUCAAUUUGCGUCAUCUAAGGUCAACUCUGAGGAAGUGGUUACAGCAUCAUCAAGGGAGAAUUUUAUGCAGAAUAAUUGUCAAGAGGAGACAAAUCAGCAUGCUUUUUGCCUGAACUGUGGAACUAGUAAAGAUUCUACCCCAAUGAUGCGUCGUGGUCCAGCUGGACCAAGAUCUCUCUGCAAUGCAUGCGGGCUAAUGUGGGCAAACAAGGGCACUCUGAGAAGCCUUCCUCCAGUUUCACCAUCUGGAACAUAUGACAUGUCGAUUAACCAAAUGGAGCAGAGUGAUGCUAAUAUCUCUGUCGUCGGGAGCAACAGCCAUAUGUUUUCUGCAACUUCAAGUGGCCAUGGGUCUAUUGUUAUGGCUGAAUCAGGUAUGCCAUGGACUUGAUGGGGGGGAUAGGACUGGGAAUUCACAUUGGACAUCAGGUUCAAGUAGGUCAUCUGUCUUUGAAAAUUUAAUUUAACCACCAAAGGUGAUUUCUGUUUAUAGAGAUAAGUUAUGGUCACCAAAAAUUUUACUUGGUCUUAUAGGUCAGGUUUUCUGUGAAUGGAUUAGUGUAUAUGUAUAGAUUGUCAGACAUAGGAUUUACAUUUGCUUCAAUGAUUAUUGGAAUUUGUAUUUGGUUACAAUGGUCAAGCCAUCCAGCCUGGUGAAAUAUGAUUGCAUUAUUAUUACGAAAAAAAA